UGCCUCUCCCCCAUCCUAUAUGUCCUCCCCUGCCGCCGGCGAAGCGGCCGGUGGCUGCCUGAGAUGAACGCGCGCGCGCGAUUUUCUAGCAGCAGCUUCUUGCCACGCCGGCGUAGAUAAGCUCGAGCUGCCGUGGCAUUCUCGUAGUCAUAGAGGCCCUACCCUUCCGCCGCUUUUCCUGCUUCCACAGCUGGAUUUCGCUUUCGACUCUUGCUUACAGCGGCGUUUAAGCGGCGGCGGCGGUGGUGCUUUUCUAGUUGGUAGUGGCGCCUAGCUGCCGGCGGUGGUGAUCUGGGAAUGGGGAACGCGAGCGCCAGGGAAGUGGGGAACGGCUAUGCGGCGUCGUCGCUGGAGCAGGUGCCCCCCGGCCGCGGGAGCUCGGCGGAGGCCGCCGCCCCGCCGGACGCCGUGAUGCGGGAGCUUCCUCCUCCGGUUCCCUACGUCUUCGCGCCUCAGGUCCCAGUAGCUCCACUUCAGAUACCAACUGAAUUUUCUCCUGUUUUUAGCCAUUCAUGGGUUAAUGGCUCAGAUCAAUCCACCAACAGUAACCCCCCAGAGAAGGGAAUUCCAACUUUGAUUACAUGGAGUCAAGGAGGAAAUGAGGUGUUUGUGGAAGGAUCAUGGGAUAACUGGACUUCAAGGAGGGUGUUAGAGAGGUCUGGGAAAGAUCACGCUGUAUUGUUGGUUCUGCCAUCUGGAAUAUAUCAUUACAGGAUCAUUGUUGACGGGGAGCCAAGAUAUGUCUCUGAACAACCUCAUGUGACUGACGAGAGAGGGCAGGUGGCCAACCUCCUCGAUGUCCAUGAGUAUGUUCCAGAGAGCCUUGAUAGUGUGGCGGAGUUCGACGCGCCUCCAUCGCCUGAACAUAGCUACGACCUGCAGUUCCCAGCUGACGAGGAGUUUGCCAAGGAGCCACCGACCCUUCCGCCUCAGCUUCUCAUGUCAGUCCUUGGCGGCACCGACAGCUCUGACGAACACGCUCUGAAGCUGAAGCCUCAGCAUGUGGUCCUCAACCACCUGUUCAUCGAGAAAGGAUGGGGGUCGCAGUCCCUGCUCGCCCUCGGGGUCACCCACCGGUUCCAAUCGAAGUACGUGAACUUCGUGCUCUACAAGCCGCUGCCGAGGAGGUGACAACGCGGCCGAUGGAGCAUGAGUAAAGCAGUGGCGGCUGACGGGCUGAGUAGGACUGAUGGGAGUGAAUAAGUGAGUGUUAGCUGGCAGUGUACAUAAGGGGAAUGCAGGAGCCCUUGUUCUUUGAUGCUGCUCCUGCACCUCUAUCUAGGUUGUGCCUCUUAUUUCAUUUCUUUCUUUCUUCAAUAAAAUGUUCUUGUAGGAUGAGGUUUGAACAGACUGAACUCUUAAAAAAAUGAAACAAGGGAGUGUUUGGAAAA